GAACUCGGGGGACUCGGGGCGGGAGGCAGGCGGAGCUCUGGGGACGCGGGGUCCGAAGGGCCUGAGCCGUGUCCGAGCCGGGUCGUCACCAUGAGGCAGAUCGAGUGGGCCAUGUGGGCCAACGAGCAGGCGCUGGCGUCCGGCCUGAUCCUCAUCACCGGGGGCAUCGUGGCCACGGCCGGCCAGUUCGCCCAGUGGUACCUGGGCACAUACUCCAUUGCGGCAGGUGUGUUGAUCUGCCUGCUAGAGUACCCCCGGGGGAAGAGGAGAAAGGGCUCCACCAUGGAGAGGUGCGGACAGAAGUACCUGACCAGAGUGGUGAAGGUGUUCGGGCCGCUCACCAGCAAUUACUACAUCCGGGCCUUCCUGCACCUUGGGCUGUCGGUACCUGCCGGCUUCCUGCUCGCCACCAUCCUGGGCACAGCCUGCUUGGCCAUCGCAAGCAGCAUCUACCUGCUGGCGGCUGUCCAGGGGGAGCAGUGGACCCCCAUCGAGACCAAGCCCAAGGAGCGGCCGCAGGUGGGGGGCACCAUCAAGCAGCCACCCAGCAACCCCCCGCCCCGGCCCCCGGCCGAGGCCCGCAAGAAGCCGAGUGAGGAGGAGGAGGGGGCAGGGGUCCCUGUGGGUGGCCCCCAGGAAAACCCCAUGCCAGUGACUGAUGAGGUCGUGUGACCAGGACCUCGAGCCACUCCCGUCCCGCCAAAGCUUCGAGGGCUCCUCCUGCAGACGGGCGGGGGUGGGCGGCCCCCAGCCCGGCGCACCCCCUUUUCUGCAGACUCCUUUGGGUUCACCGGCAACAGGGCUGUCAUCUUCCUCACUGGUACUGGGAUCUCGGUGCAUCGCCUGUUCCAUGAAACACGUAUCUGGAAUUCCAA